UAUAUCCGCCAUCCUUGUGGCUCUUUGCAGAAGGGCACAGAGGCUGAAACAAGGGUGCCAGAAGUAGCAAGAACUUGGCACUUCAUACUUCAAACAUGCUGUCCAGAGUCGUCUUAGUCUCAGCCAACGCCUUGAAAGGCAGCAGCCCCCUUGGAGCUGGUCUGGUCCAGGCAUCUCGCUCCCUGCACACAACAUCCCAGAGUCUGGCCCCAGUCCCCUCUCUGCCAGAGAAGGGAGGCAAAGUCCGCCAUGGCAUCUUCCCAGAGGAGAUUUUCCAGCUUCUGUACCCCAAAACUGGAGUCACAGGACCCUACAUGCUGGGUACCGGACUCCUCCUCUACAUGCUUUCAAAGGAAAUCUACGUCAUCAACCACGAGACCAUUGCUGCCCUCUCCAUAGGCACCGUCAUCGUCUACGGUGUUAAAAAAUUUGGUCCAGACGUCGCUGCUUUUGCUGACAAACUGAACCAGGAUAAAGUGGCCAAGGCUCAGGAGGUGAAGGACCUCGCCAUGACCAGCCUGAGUCAGGCUAUUGAAGAAGAGAAGAAGGAACAGUGGAGAGCCGAGGGAAGAUCAUUGCUCUUUGAUGCUAAGAAGAACAAUGUGGCCAUGCUGUUGGAGACAAACUACAGAGAGAGGCUACACAUGGUGACCCAUGAGGUGAAGAGGCGUUUGGACUACCAGGUCGCCCUGCAGGACCUCAACCGCCGGAUGGAGCAGGAGCACAUGGUUAACUGGGUGGAGAAGAGUGUCGUCGGCAGCAUCACCCCUCAGCAGGAGAAGGAGAGCAUUGCCAAGUGCAUCUCAGAUCUGAAGGCUCUGGCCAAGUCCACCCAGGCCAUGGCCUAAACUUGUCCAGUCUACUCUUACCCCCGGAGUCUUCGGCCCACGACGAGAUGCUCACUUUUCUUUACAGAAUAAACUAUUUCCUCCUUUAAAGAUUGUCUCUGUCAAUAUAAUGGGUGUGUACAGUAUUUACACGUCGGAUAAGUGUAAAAUAAAUGGUUCUUUAAUUCAACUA